GUUCCUUAACGGUGGGUGCAAGUCGGUCUUUGCGCUGCCUUCUGUUUCGUCUCCCCAUUGCAUAUGAGGGAUAGGCUCACAAAAAGCACAAUGUUUUACAUUUCGGAAGUCACUGUUGGCUUCAUAACAUUUCUGUUUUUAUUUUUGUUUCUGAAACAACAAAGAAAUCGCAUAAAGCUUCCAGGACCAUGGGGCUUGCCAAUGAUUGGAAAUAUCCUGCAGCUUGGAACACUACCCCAUUUAACUCUUGCAAAGAUGAGAAAAUGUUAUGGUAAUGUGUUUCAAAUACACAUUGGUACAAAGUCAGUUGUAGUAGUGAGUGGCUAUGAAAUGAUUAAAACAGUGCUUGUAACGCAAGGAAAAUGUUUUGCCAAUCGCCCAGAUUUUUACUCCCUGUCCCUAAUAGGAAAUGGAGAGAGUUUUACAUUUAGCCUAAAGUAUGGGGAAUCAUGGAAACUUCUAAGAAAAAUAUUAGGAAAUGCUUUAAGGUCUUUUUCACAGGAAAAAGCUAAAAAUUCUACUUUCUCAUGUCUGCUAGAAGAGCAUGCAUCCGCAGAAGCUGUAGAAUUGGCAAAGGACUUUGAUAACUACUCAAAGGACAACAGCUACUUCAAUGGUAGGGGUUUGAUUAGCUGUGCAGUGGCUAAUGUUGUGUGUGCCAUAUGCUUUGGCAAAAGAUAUGAACAUGAUGAUAAGGAUUUCCAUAGCCUCAUUGAAAUCAACAAUGAGCUUCAAACUGCAUCAGGUUCAGUGAGUCUGUUAGAUUUUAUUCCCAUUUUACGUUACUUUCCUUCAGCAACAUUAAAAGCUGUCCACAAGUUUAUUUCUGGCUUAAACAACUACUUUGAAAGAUCAAUUCAAGAACAUUAUGAUACAUAUAAUGUGAACCAUAUUCGAGAUAUAACUGAUGCCCUAAUUAAUUUAUGUCAAACAAGAGACCCAACAGGGAAGACUGCGUGUGUAACUAAUAAACAAAUCAUAAAUACUGUGCAAGACAUAUUUGGUGCUGGUAUUGAUACAGUACCUACCGCUCUUGAAUGGAGCAUUCUUUAUUUGAUUACUUAUCCAGAAAUUCAACCAAGAAUACAAGAAGAAAUAGAUACCUAUAUUGGAUUUUCUAAACUGCCCAGAUUUGAAGACCGACAUUCCAUGCAUUUCACUGAAGCAUUUAUCAAUGAAGUUUUUAGACAUUCUUCAUUUGUACCAUUUACAGUUCCUCACUGUACAACUGCAGACACAUUUCUAAAUGGAUAUUUGAUUCCAAAAGACACUUGUAUCUUUGUCAACAUGUAUCAAGUGAAUCAUGAUCGAGACUUGUGGAAAAACCCAGAAUUAUUUAUGCCUGAAAGAUUUUUGGAUGAACUGGGACAACUGAACAAGGAAGCUGUUGAAAAACUGUUGUUGUUUGGAAUGGGAGUUAGAAAAUGUAUGGGUGAACAAAUAGCUAGAAAUAAAAUAUUUGUUUUUCUCACAACGAUACUGCAACAAGUAACACUUCAAAAAAGGCUUGAUGAUAAAAUUUGCCUUACACCACAUUAUGGGUUGGCAAUGAAGCCAGCACCAUUCUGUUUCAGAGCUGUAUCUCGAAUUUAGUAAAGUCAUGAGCCAUAACUUCACUUAUAAGAAUGUUGAGCCAACGCUUUUACUGACGACAAAAAUGUGAUUAUAUUUUUGAAUCUUUACUAUAUUAUUGAUUUGUAGUUUUGACACAUAUCUUCUUUGCCAAGAAGUGUGUUCCCUGACUUUUAAAAAUAUUUAUUACUUUGAAUAUUUCUGCUGCCACAUAGACAUAUUGGACAUUUAUACUAUAUAAAGUAUCACUGUUUUUUUAAUAAACAUACAUUUUUGAUUUAAAUAAAUGUGUGUUUUGAGCAAUUCCACGCCAAACUUUUUCUUUCAGAUAUAUUCUUAUAAAUGGUGUGUACUGUACACCUUUUACUUCUUGGCUAGUGAAUGUCUAGAAUAUCUGUUGAGUUAUGAUAUUUACAAAGAUAUGAACAUAGUACAAUAGUUUAUAGCAACAAAGAGUGACAAAUUUGACACGCUGUGUUUAUUAUUUGAUUUAAUGUUCAAUUUUACACUAAUUCAAGUAGAGAUUUAUGGUAUAACUUAAAAUGUAAGUUCAACCCUUCUUGACAGAUGGGUUUGUUAUUACUGGCAAGGCUUGUUUCAAUACCAGACACCCUUUUUACCUUUUGUAUUAAAAUUCACAAAAAAUCUAACUGAUUUUACCACCUUUUAACAGGUUUGA